UCCAAACAUCGAGUUCUAUCGCCAUGAAACUUCGGUGCGCAUUCGUUGAUUUUUUUCUCUUGAUCACAAUAGGCGGCGGCGUGCGUCUCGACAGCUUUCAUUUCAACCUCCUCUCGUCGCAAACUCAAAAUAAAACCAACGAUGAAUUAGCGGCCGAUUCGGAUAGUUCGUGCGGCAAAAGAAGUUUUCAAUGGAAACCAGAUCGGCAGCCUAAGGUGGUCGGAGGACAAGAGCCCCCGAUAGGGGCUAUACCCUGGCAGAUCGAUCUAAGGGUUAUCGACGAUAAACAUUAUUGUGGGGGAGCUUUGAUUAGUCGAAGAUUGGUUUUAUCGGCGGCGCAUUGCUACAACGAUGGAUUGAGAGCUGUCGCUGGAGCGCACGGCUUUCCAGGAUCGUCUCCUCAUGAACAAACUCUUCGAGUAGAAAAAUUCAUCCCGCAUCCAGACUUCAGGAAGCUGGGAGCCUAUUCCCACGAUCUGGCUGUAUUAUUAGUAGAAGAGCCGGGCUUCGAUUUCAAUCAGUUCGUUAAACCAGCCUGUUUCUCUGAUGAUUCCCCGCCGUCUGGAACUUGGUGUGAAGUAUCUGGAUGGGGGGCCGUCGAUCCCAACGACGUCGAUACCAGUUCGUUAAUUUUGAAAGUAGCCGCUGUACCGGUCAUAUCCUUGGAUACAUGCAGAUUGAAAGCUAUUUACGGAGGCAAAUCCCAACAAAUAUUAGACUCUAUGUUGUGCGCCGGUUAUUUGAAAGGGGGAAUCGACGCUUGUAGCGGAGAUUCCGGCGGUCCUUUAGUUUGCGAAAUCGAAGGGAAAAUGGAGGUAACGGGAAUCGUAUCUUGGGGAGAAGGAUGCGCGAAGAAAAAUAAACCGGGAGUUUAUACGAGAGUUUCCAGUUUCUUACCUUGGAUAAAAGACUGCGCAAACGAUUUAGGUGUUGAUCUUUAGUAAAACAAAAACGAAAAAUUACAAUUCGAACUAGUCAUUAAUUAUUUAAAAAAAAUAUAUAUCGAUCUCAGAUGACGCUUUUGUGUAUGAGUAGUACUAAGUAGUACUAACUUUAAACUUAUAUAUUCGUAAUAAGAACAAAAUUUAUGUGAA